CGACCAAUCUAUAUGUACUACAUGAAACGGCCAUUAAUGGACUCCGAGCUCUGUCUAGCUUGUAUCUGGAUUCUAACUCUUGGUUCAAUUAUGCAGCUCUUUGAAAAGUUUCUGAUACAGGUUGAUGUGGAGAGACGACUUGCAGUUCCCACAGGCACCUUCCGGGACCAUUUUGAGCUUCCAAGAGACAGACAUUAUGUGGAUUUGUUGGUGAAGGACUCAACUGGAAAAGUCUGGACUUUCCGCUGCUCCAGUAGGCAGACAGGCAAUCAUCCUAAGCCAGUUUUCUCGGCAGGAUGGCUUGACUUUGUGCGAAUCAAAGGUCUUCAAAUCAAUGAUCAAGUUGUUUUCCAUAAGCGGAGGGACGAUGCAAGUGAAGCUGAAUUCAAAAUUGAAGUAAAGAGACGCAUCAGCAGUCUCAUGGGUAAAGAUAUCUGGGUGGAUGUGGAGCAAGUAGGCUACUAUCGUAGUGGUAAUUAGCUUUCAUGGAUCUUGUUCUUGUUCUCAAUUUCCCUUUUCUGCUUUCAGGUCACAUGUAUACCCGCACUUUGUGAUUAUAAUAUUGCUAAUAAUAGUAAGUACUUGGG